AUGUCUGAAUCUGGGCACAGUCAACCGGGGCUCUAUGGGAUAGAGAGGCGGCGGCGCUGGAAGGAGCCAGGCCCUGGCGGCCCCCAGAAUCUCUCCGGACCCGGAGGUCGGGAGAGGGACUACAUUGCACCCUGGGAAAGAGAGAGACGGGAUGGCAGCGAAGAGACCAGCACAGCGGUCAUGCAGAAAACCCCCAUCAUCCUGUCAAAACCUCCAGCAGAGCGGUCAAAGCAGCCCCUGCCUCCAGCAGCCCCUGCUGCCCCGCCUGCCCCGGCCCCUCUGGAGAAGCCCAUUGUGCUCAUGAAGCCCCGGGAGGAGGGGAAAGGGCCAGCGGCCACAAUGAGUGCCUCAACCCCCGAGGGCACUGCCCCACCACCCCCGGCGGCCCCCGUGCCACCCAAGGGGGAGAAGGAGGGGCAGAGGCCCACACAGCCCGUGUACCAGAUCCAGAACCGGGGCAUGGGCACUGCUGCCCCGACAGCCAUGGACCCUGUCGUGGGCCAGGCCAAACUGUUGCCCCCAGAGCGCAUGAAGCACAGCAUCAAGUUGGUGGAUGACCAGAUGAAUUGGUGCGACAGUGCCAUUGAGUACCUGUUGGAUCAGACCGAUGUCCUGGUGGUUGGUGUCCUGGGCCUGCAGGGGACAGGCAAGUCCAUGGUCAUGUCGUUGUUGUCAGCCAACACUCCGGAGGAGGACCAGAGGGCGUAUGUUUUCCGGGCCCAGAGUGCCGAAAUGAAGGAGCGAGGGGGCAACCAGACCAGUGGCAUCGACUUCUUUAUUACCCAAGAGCGGAUUGUUUUCCUGGACACACAGCCCAUCCUGAGCCCCUCCAUCUUGGACCACCUCAUCAACAAUGACCGCAAGCUGCCUCCAGAGUACAACCUGCCCCACACCUACGUUGAGAUGCAGUCACUCCAGAUCGCUGCCUUCCUCUUCACGGUCUGCCACGUGGUGAUAGUCGUCCAGGACUGGUUCACGGAUCUCAGUCUGUACAGGUUCCUCCAGACAGCAGAGAUGGUGAAACCCUCCACCCCGUCUCCCAGCCACGAGUCCAGCAGCUCAUCAGGCUCUGACGAAGGCGCCGAGUACUACCCCCACCUGGUCUUCCUACAGAACAAAGCUCGCCGGGAGGACUUCUGUCCCCGAAAGCUACGGCAGAUGCACCUGAUGAUCGACCAGCUCAUGGCCCACUCCCACCUGCGGUACAAGGGUACUCUGUCCAUGUUGCAGUGCAAUGUCUUCCCUGGGCUCCCGCCUGACUUUCUGGACUCUGAGGUCAAUCUGUUCUUGAUGCCUUUCAUGGACAGCGAGACAGAGAGUGAAACACCGCCUCGCGCAGGACCUGGUUCCAGCCCCCUCUUCUCCCUGCUCCCUGGGUACCGAGGCCACCCCAGCUUCCAGUCCUUGGUGAGCAAGCUUCGGAGCCAGGUGAUGUCCAUGGCCCGGCCGCAGCUGUCACACACGAUCCUCACCGAGAAGAACUGGUUCCACUAUGCCGCCCGGAUCUGGGACGGGGUGAAGAAGUCCUCCGCCCUGGCAGAGUACAGCCGCCUGCUGGCCUGA